AUGCUGAGACAGGGUAUAAAGCGUGCGGUGGUGCAUGCCCGAGCCGUACAGGCCGUGUGCAAACGAACCAACAUGACCAUCACCAAAAAAGAUCUCAACCCCCAGGUGGUCAACGCCCAGUAUGCCGUGCGAGGCAAGUUGGCGGUGCGGGCCGACGAAAUCAAGGAGCAGAUGCGAACCAACCCGUCGCUGUUCCCCUUUGACAAGGUCAUCAACGCCAACAUUGGCAACCCCCAGCAGCUCGACCAGAAGCCCGUCACUUUCUACCGCCAGGUCCUGGCUAUGCUGCAGUACCCCGAGUUGAUGGAUCGGGCCGCCGACGUGGGCAUCCCCAACGACGCAGUGCAGCGUGCUCGAAAGCUGCUGGACGACAUUGGAUCGGUCGGCGCCUACUCGUCGUCCCAGGGCGUCACCACCGUGCGAAAUUCGGUGGCUAACUUCAUCCAAAAGCGAGACGGCUACGCAGCCUCGGCCUCCGACAUCUACCUCACCACAGGAGCCUCCAACGCCGUCACUUUUCUGCUCACAACUUUGGCUCGAGGCGACGGAUCGGACGGAUUCAUGAUCCCCAUUCCCCAGUAUCCCCUUUACACCGCCACCCUGACCCUGCAGAACUCCAACCCCGUCCCCUACUACCUGGACGAAGCCAAGGAGUGGGGCACCAACAUGGCUGCUCUCAACGACGCCGUCGAGUCCUCCAAGCACAAGCUCAAGGCCGUCGUGGUCAUCAACCCCGGAAACCCCACCGGAGCUUGUCUCGGCGUCAAGGAAAUCAAGGACAUUCUGCUGCUGGCACAGAAGGAGGGCAUUGCCGUGAUCGCCGACGAGGUCUACCAGGCCAACAUUUUUGCCUCUGGCCAGUUCCACUCCUUCAAAAAGGUCUGGUCCAUUCUCAAGGAGGAGAACCCCGACUUCAACGUGCCCCUGGCAUCUCUGCAUUCCACCUCCAAGGGCAAGAUCGGAGAGUGUGGCCAGCGAGGAGGCUACAUGGAGCUCGUUGGUUUCCAUGAGGACGUGAUUGAGCAGAUCUACAAGCUCUGUUCCAUCUCUCUGUGUCCCGUUGUCACCGGACAGGCUCUUAUUGAGUGUAUGGUCAACCCCCCCGUUGAGGGAGACGAAUCGUACCCUCUGUUCAACAAGGAAACCAACCACAUUAUGGAUACUCUCACCCAGCGAGCCAACCGGCUGUACGAGGCCUUCAAGGAGAUGCCCAAGGUCUCCUGCGAGCCUCCCCAGGGCGCCAUGUACCUGUUCCCCUCCAUCGAGCUGCCUGCUGGCGCCAUUGCCGAGGCCGAGCGACACAACGAGCAGCCCGACGAGUUUUACUGCAUGAAGCUGCUGGAGCAGACUGGUAUCUGUGUUAUUCCUGGCUCUGGAUUUGGCCAGAAGGAUGGCACUUACCAUUUCCGAACAACCUUCCUCGCACCUGGUGAUGACUACGGAGAGAAGAUUGUCAACUUCCACAAGAAGUUUUUGGCUCAGUACGAGUAA